GUGCACAGCUUCAUGUUAGGACCAACCUGCGAGCCUCUUGCUCCAACCUCCAUGCUAGGUCUGGAGGGCCCUUGUUGGGUAGGUCCAGGGCCUGAUGGAGGCUUUGCUGUGAGUGAAGAGUUUGGGGAUGUACAAUUGUUUGGCAGUGCCCACCAGCCUCUGGGCUCUCUAGGAACCCUGACUGGGCACAGCUUUGGUCAUCCAGCGGGUGUGUGCUGUGAUGCAGAGGGUAGCAUUAUUGUGGCCGAUGAGCAGAGGCAACAAGUGACUCUGUUUCCCCGGGUUGGGCCACCCAUCUGCUUGCCGUUGGAGGGACUAAAGAGGCCCUUGGGUUUGGCCUGUGCACCCCAGGGCCCACUAGUGGUGGCAGAUGCAGGGGACAACUGCAUCAAGGUAUACCAGUAUCUGGGGGGAGAUGGCCUGAGGGAGCCGUGCGCGCGGAACUCUCGGGCUCAGGCAGUGGACAGCCCGGGCACGUUUGGGGACCGGACCGUCGCGCGACAACGCGCGGAGCCGGCGGAAAUGGUGCUGAUGUCCCGCGGCGGGCCUGGGAGCCGCGAACACUGUCGUCCUCCCGGGCCCGCCGAACGCGGUGCUCAACCAAGUCCCUUCCCUAUCGCCCGGGUACGCGGCCCGGGGGAUCAGCCGGUGAGCACUAGCGGGGACCCGGGCCCGGAGAGGAAGAGGAGGAAAUCCCGAGGCAGCGCAGGCCUCUUGGUCCUCAGUGCCUGGUGCCUAAGACUGUGA